ACCGCGGCAGACGUUGCCUUUUGCACCGAGGGCACCUAUGUGAGAUACCUGCGUGCCAGGCACUGGCAUGUUCACAAGGCUGCAAGGAUGCUGGAGGCGACCCUGACCUGGCGGGCAGAGUACAAACCCUAUGAGCUGCGCUGGUCGAGGGUGCAGCAUGAUGUCGACAAGGGGAAGCUCUACAUCCUGAAGGGCACCGAUAACGCUGGUCGUCCGGUGAUCCUCAUGCGCCCACGAUUGGAAACCAUUCAGGACAACGAGGCUCGACUGCGAUUCCUCGUGUACACCCUUGAACGGGCUGCACAACUAGGCGACAGCUCACAGAUCCUGCGUGAGUAUUUCAAUCCGGAGCACCUGGAUGACUCCAUGGGCGGUAAAGUUCCCAUCGACGAUGCCUGGAACACCGAGGCAUAUGGAAAGCGCAUGUCUGCCCUGGACUUUGACGUCGACACAGCGCUCAUGGGUGCUGACCUGGAGCUCACCAGCAUACGGAACAAGGCGGCAGGCGCUGAGUGA